AUGUUUUAAGUAACGGCCAAUAUUUUCCAGAAAAGUUUCUAGUCGCGGCUGAUAAUGAAGAGGAAAAAACAACAGACCGGCCCUAGCAGAUAUUGAAUUGGAAAAUCAAUACAGAUACAUGUGUUCACUGGCGCUGACUUUUUCUCUGUAAUUCUGUCAAUGUAGGGAAUAAGUAUUGAUCGGUAGGGAUGUUUACUCCGCUGAUUGUUACAUAAUGGCAAAUAUAGAUAAGUUCUACAUUGGCAAUGAAGAUGAGCCACACUCUGAAUGGCAGGAGAUGUAUUGUGGAUUAGGGCUUGAUGAGUAAGAAACAAUACUGAGAAACACAGUCAAGUAAAAGUAAAAACUCUCAGAGUAAAAACAAAAAACAGGACUCAUCUCAGAAAACUUUAAUAACUGAAACAAAGAUUGGAGGGAGCUGUGAAGGGACACUUAGAGACUAAGUGAAAACCAUUACGUCAUUCCGGACAGACAGAUGAACAGACAAAAACCGGCGCCGGUGGUGGAGAAGAAAGCUUUAGCAGACAGACAUGACUGGCAGGAUACGUCUCCAUUCGAGGAGACGAAUUUGCAGAUGUUGGAAAAUGAGAUACUUUGUGACGUCACAUUUCUUACCGGAAGUUCUAAACAGGAAGUGAAAGGUCAUAAGUAUGUGUUGGCAAGUAGAAGUCCGGUUUUCUAUGCUAUGUUCAACGGUUCUAUGCCAGAGAAAGGUGAUGUUGAAGUUCCGGAUAUAGAAGCGAAUGUUCUAAAGGAACUGUUCAGGUUCCUGUAUAGCACAGACUGCAAGCUAGAGUACGAAUCAUCAAUGGCCCUGAUGUAUGCAGCAAAGAAGUACCAGGUCAGAGGUCUGGAAAAGAGAUGUAAAGACUUCCUAAAAAACGAGAUGUCGGCCGAGAAUGUAUGUUGCCUUUUUCAGGAGGCAUGUGACUUUCCCGACGAGGAAUUAGAAGAAAAAUGUUUUCAAUUCAUCUGCAGGCAUUCCGCUGACGUGUUAGAGUCCGACGGGUUUUGUUUACUUUCUAAGCAGAGUUUAAAAAAGAUAAUAGCCUCAGAUAAUUUGUCUGCUUUUGAAAUCGACGUUUACAAGGCUUGUAAGAGAUGGGCAAUAGAAACGAGUAGACAAGAAGAAACUGUCGAAAAGAGUAGAACUGAAAGUGAUGAUAAAACGACCACGGAGCACUUGAGAACAGUUCUUGGCGAUUUGAUAUAUCUUAUUCGCUUUCCAAAUAUACCAAAAGAGGUGUUUUCUUCUAUAGUUUCAAAAGAAAACAUUCUAUCCCUAGAAGAAAAAGUGGAAAUAUUUCAAUAUAUCAUUGACAGACCUAUAGAAACUCCACCAGGGUUUAAAUUCAACACAAGGCCAAGAAGAAACACCGUAGAUCUUGUCUUGAUAAAGAGGUUUAUUUAUAACGCAAACCAGUUCUACAGAAUGUCGAAGGAAGACCAGCACGGGAUAAGCUUCAAAAUUUCAAAUGGAUUUGUAAAACUGGCGGGAAUCAGUAUUUUCGCGCCAUGCGGAAGAGAAGGUCGUCUGCAAGGAAAAAUAACUAUUCUAGAAGGCGAACGGGAGUUAUUGACCAAGGAGGGUAUUGUUAUAAACUGGGCAGACGAAAAGUAUUUCGAAGAAAUUCUGUUUGAAAGAUCACUGCGUGUGAAACCUGGUAUAAUAUACUCCGUGGUUCUUACUAUGGGCGAGUGUGAGACCUAUUUAGGGACCCGAUCCCGGCUGCAUUUAGGGAAGGAUCCGGAUGGUCACGGCAGUGUCAAUAUCCAGUUCUUGGACUACCCGAACACAAGACCGCAGAUGUAUGACAUAGAACACACAAACACGGAGCAAGGUCAGAUACAUGGACUUAUUGUACAAAUAUUUGAUUAGAAACACGGGAUGGACGCAUACCCAGUGAUUUACUAUCCAGUAACUGUGAUUGAAAUAGUAAAACGUGGAAGACUUCCGAGUAGGCUACAGCGAAUAAAUUGCAUGACUAUUUUAUUAGCAUUACACAAUAUGAGCCGCGCCAUGAGAAAAUCAACAUAGUGGCUUUGUGACCAGCAUGGAUCCAGACCAGCCUGCGCAUCCGCGCAGUAUGGUCAGGAUCCAUGCUGUUCGCUAACGGUUUCUCUAAUUGCAAUAGGCUUUGAAAGCGAACAACAUGGUUCCUGACCAGACUGUGCGGAUGCGCAGGCUGGUCUGGAUCCAUGCUGGUCAUCCGCGUAGGCUGGUCUGGAUCCAUGCUGGUUGCAAAGCCAUUAUGUUGAUUUUCUCAUGGCGCGGCUCAUAUAAUGUCAGCUACGAAUAUUUGAAACAACAGACAUAGAUCCACAUUUCAUUUCCAUUAGAAACACGGAGCAGAACCAGAUCAAAUAGUAUUGCAGUAUGGUGAGAUCCACGGAUCUACUAAACAGCUAUUGUUAAAGUAACAUUGAGCAGGUUCAGGCAAACCGUAGAGAAGGCUAGGUCCGACGAAAGCAUGAAAUAUGCCGAGUGUCUCUGCCAUAUGAUAUACUGAGACAAUUUGACUGGUGCAUGAUGGAAAAUGAAUUACCACUUGUUCAGUAUGCAAAGUACCAAUUUGCCGAUCUGCGCGAUUGAAAUUGGUUAGUGCAUUUUCCUGUUCAUGACCAUGGUUCUUAUAGUAUAUUGUGGGGUAUGGUAAAGCAUGUACAGUAUUUUUUUCUUUCUUUCUGGUCUGAUGCCAGUGGUCGUAAGUUGUGUGUUUAUAAACAUGUGUUCAGCAGUAGUGAUUUCAGUAGCUGAUAUCAGAGACACAUUUGAUAAAAUAAAUAUUGAAAGGAACAUGUCAUGUAUAUAUUUUAUUACUUUACUAGUACUUUUAAUUGUUAUUUCCUAGUUAUUUGAAAUAUAUUCUCAGUUGUACUAUAUACUAUAGAUAUUCCCUUUUGUCAUGUUCCAUAUAGCAUUUGUGAAACCACUGUGAUGCGUAAGUCACUGAAUUGAAAGUCAUACUUGAAAUCACAUAUUAGAAACUAUUAAAUGACAAAAUGAAAUUCUACUUAUUGAUUAGACUAUGGUUAAGUAAUUGAAUACAUGUAUAUGUAUUACUGGUAUUAUAUUCUACAUAAUUUUGAACUACUGACAUCAAUGUGUAAGCUAGUAUUUAUUUUUUAAAGUAAAUUGUGAGUAUUUCUGGACAUUAUAUACAGAUCUUAGUAAUUUGAAGAUUAAUUUUCUAAAUAGAUUUUGAUAUACAUGUAUCAAAUUUUGCUGUGGUUUUUAGAAUAGUGUAUUAACUUUUUGUCUAAUACCCCAUAUAAUUGCACGUGCAUGGUUGCUAUGGUAACCAAACUUGACCAUUAAAACUAGCCACUCACUUCAGUUGAAAAAAAAUAACAAAACAUGAUUUAAUAAGGAUGAGUGAAUUUUAUAGUUCUCCUGUUCAAUUUGAAACUGUUUUCCUAGUAUGUAUCACAUUUUCAUUGUUGCUAUAGUGUGUGGCGGAAUUAUCCCCCACCUUUGUGUAGCAUGUAGAUAUUUAUAUUGGUAAUCUUGGUUAAGAUAUUGUUAGUCAUUUCUAUAAUUGUCUUUUCAAAAUUCGUCAUUUAUAUUAAAUGACAAAAUCCCAACAUUGCUGUUUGUCUUUCUUGUU